CUCGAAGCCGAACUUCACAGAGAGUGUGCGGCUCGCGCGCCGCAGCGAGUCCCGGACUUUUUAAAGGGCUGUUUUAAGACUUAAAAGAAAGGGCUCGGACAGCUGGUCCUUGUUGUUUAUCGGUGAGUUGUGGUUUUGUAAAUGUUUAGUCGGCCUUUUUGGCGCUGUUCGAUAACGACAGGAAGAUGACUGAGGACGCGGAGGGACAGACGCUCAGGGAAAUCCAACCUUAUCUUUUCAGCCGCACUGACAGUGGCAGGAGAUCAACGAUAACUUUGUCAAACAGUGAGAAACAUGGGACGGAGCUCAGCCCGGAAGAUUAUGCUUGAGUUAAAGAUUCCUUACCGAUCUCCGGGACCUCAACCGAUCGUCGUACGCUCAGAGACGACAGCGGAUCGUCUUUAACUCUACGAUUAAACCUCUUGGCGCACCAGGACCGGACUCUCACUGAAAGGGCGUGAAGUUGACAAACCCACCUCAGCGAUCCCAAAGAGAGGAUAGGGUUAUAAGGUUCGUCUAGCGGGUAUCCGAUUCGGGAGAAACCGAGGGAAUAAGUUGACAGACGCGUGCGGAUCGCCAUGCCAGACGGAGCCUCUCGGGAUGAGUCGAGGCCUGGACUAGAAGAAGCGAAGGUGGCCUUAGUGCCAAACAUUGUCGUCGUCUCCAGCGAUGGCAAGGGCAAAGGCGACACCUUGGAGCUUGAUGAUUUCAGAGACAAACAGCAAAACGUCGCCUCAAAACUUACCGCUGGGGUCCAGUCCGGACCUGCUGGGCCCCCAGUUGUUGUAGAGGUGGGCGAGGUGAAGACGGCGCACGUUCCCCAACCUCUCCAGGCCAGCACUCUGGUGAGGGGGAGAGACGUGAGCUCCCAGGGCGCUGACCGGGAGCCUCCGGCCGACUCGUCCAGCAGUAAGCUACGAAUGGAGACGAGCCCGCCGCCGCAGGGGAACAGCUGCACCGACUCGGACUACAGCAGCGCCAGGUCCAGCCCCGGCUACGCCUGCCGGAGCUUCAGCACGGAGCUCUACGACGGGCAGCUCCUGGAGCUCGACAAAAGGACGCUGGAGAAGACCAGCUCCAUUUCUCCCGUCAAUCUGUCCGAGACCAGCCUGGACUCGGACAAGGCGAGCAAGAGCAACCUGGACCUUAACAGGGGCGACUCCGCGUGGGACGAAGCGUCCAAAGCGGGGAGCUCCCCCAACGGCGGUCCGCCCGGGUUAUCCGGCGUUCCGUCCAGCGUCAGACACGCCAGAGACAGCGUCGUCGCCCCGUCCGAGCCGGAGGACGACGACGGGCAGAGCAUGCGGUCUCGGCGGAGCGUGAAGGAAGGGGUGUGCUGCUGCUAUCAGGCCACCAACAGGGCGUUCAUGCGCUGCGUGGAAGAGACCCCGGCCAUGCUGCCCGGGCUGGUGCUCUCCAUGAUCUUCUGCGUGGUCAUCAUCGUCGUCAUUCCUGCCACACAACGGCUUACUGAAAAGAACCUCCUGGACCACGUCGGCGCCUUGUCGGUGGUGUGCGUGGUCCUCUGCCUGAGCGCCAUCUUGCUGGUGUGUCUGCCCUGGCUGGCCACGGUGAGGCGCUGCGGAGGAGCGCUGGCGCUCUUCGUCUGGGGGAUGCUGUACGUCACGGCGAUAGUCUUCACCUUCACGGGGGGGCCCGUGACCGCAUGGGAACAGGUGGCGUUCUUCCUCUUCCUCACGCUAAGCGUGUACACGGUGUUGCCCCUCUCUCUGGCCUGGGCCCUCAUAGUGGGGAUAGGAACCAGUGUUUCUCACAUCAUCAUCAUCAGCACGUACGUCUCUGUCAAGAGUCCAAGCACACCAGAACUGGCGGAGCAGCUGGUGGCCAACACCGUGCUGUUCGUGUGCGUGAACUGCUUCGGGGUCUUCCACCUGUGGAUGACCGAGAACGACCUCAGGGCGUCCAAUAAAAAGCGGGAAGAGUUCAGCGCCGUGCGCUCGCAGAAGGACGUGAAAAAAUAUCAGCAGGAGGGGCUGCUGCUGUCCGUGUUGCCACGCUACAUUGCUGUGGAGCUGAAAAGCGAGGUCAUAAAGAGGCUAUCCAAGCCGAGGAGCGACGACCCGAAAGAAACCAACAAACAAAACUUUCACAGUCUUUAUGUGCGGCAGCACAGGGAUGUCAGCAUCCUGUACGCAGACAUUGUAGGCUUCACUAAGCUGGCGAGUACAUGUACGCCCGAGGAGCUGGUGGCGGUCCUCAACAAGCUUUUUGGAAAAUUUGAUAACAUCGCAAAGAAGAACGAGUGUCUUCGCAUCAAGAUCCUGGGGGACUGCUACUAUUGUGUUUCCGGCCUCCCUGACCCCAUUCCCAGCCAUGCCAUCAACUGUGUGCGGAUGGGCCUGGACAUGUGCACCGCCAUCAGUGAACUCAGACAGGCUACAGAGGUCGACAUCAACAUGAGGGUUGGCGUUCACACCGGCAACGUCCUCUCCGGCGUGAUUGGCUCACAGAAGUGGCAGUACGACGUGUGGUCAAACGACGUUACCUUAGCCAAUCAGAUGGAGUCUGGAGGCCUUCCUGGGCGAGUCCACAUAACCGAAGACACACUGCAGCACCUGAAUGGAGCGUACGAGGUGGAAGACGGGGACGGAGAAAGUCGGAACGCUCAACUUAGCGGGAAAAAAACGUACCUGGUCAUUGACCCCAACAAACCCAACAGCGUUGGCCGAAGGCCUCACGUGGGAAACGCUCUGGCUGCAGGCGAGAACAAGCAGCGGGCGUCUGUCCGAAUGUCUCAGUACCUCCAGUCGUGGAAGAGCAUCCACCCCUUCGCUGAUCUGAGCAACCCUGAAAAGAAGAAGCCCUUCAAGCCUCUCAAGGGCGUCAUGAAGCGUCCACGGCUGACAUCCACUGACGGACAUCCUUUCUACAGCAGCCCCAACCGUCUGUCUAUCGAUAGCAGCAUUAAGGGAUCACUGGACACAGUGGACACGGCAGGGAGGAAAGCAAAGAAACUCAACUGGCUGACUCUGUUGUUUAAUGACCUCAGCUUAGAGAAACAGUUCCGCCUGUCAAAGGUGAAGAAUCUGCACCACUCUGUGAGCUGCAUCACGGUGAUCUUUGUGACGCUUUUCACCGUCCAGAUGCUUGUCUCUGAAAAGAACUUUCAGAUGGCCGUGUCGUACGGUGUGACCUUCCCUGUAAUGGUGGCUCUUCUGGUCAUUAGUUUCACCGCAUACAUGAAGAAAGUACACUCCAGGUUGCCAUUAAAUGUCCAGUGGGCAUUGAAGCUGUCACAAAACGCCACCUUCAGGGCCGUGCUGCGGCUUUUCCUCGUCACUCUGUGUAUUCUCAUCACUCUGCUCAUGGCAAUCCUCAACUUUUUCUUCCUUCCAGGAGCAAACUGCACGUCGAUCGCCAACAAAACCGAUUUAGAGGGACUCAGACUGUAUACUGUGCCUUACUACCUGUACUGCUGCCUGCUGGCCAUGCUGGGAGUGGUGGCGUUUGUCAGGAUCUGCUUCUCUGUGAAGGGCUUCCUGCUCACCCUGGCUGUGGUGGUGUACCUCGCCCUCUUCCUCCACGUCUACGCGCCGAGGUCCUACUGCCUUGUGGACCAGCUUUAUAACGGCACAAUGCCCGGUGUGCUGAAGGACCCUCAGAUCAUGUCUGGGAUAUGGCUGGUCCUCUUUUACCUCGUGUGCCUCAUAUUAGCUCGACGGGAUGAGCUGACGACCCGCGUAGAUUUCCUGCUGGACCGCUGCUUCCAGACAGAGCGAGAGGAGAUGGAGACCAUGGAGAACGUCAACAAGCUCCUCCUUCAGAACGUCAUGCCUCUUCACGUCGCCUCCUUCUUCAUGGGCAAAGCCGUUCGCAAUCAAGACCUGUACAGCGAGUCGUACGACAGCGUAUGUGUGAUGUUUGCAUCGAUGCCUCAGUUCAAAGAGUAUUACAGCGAGAGCAGCGGCAACGGAGACGGCCUGGAGUGUCUGCGCUUCCUCAACGAGAUCAUAGUGGACUUUGAUGAUCUCCUCUCUAAGCCCAAGUUCUCCUCGGUCGAGAAGAUUAAGACGAUUGGCAGCACUUACAUGGCUGCUGCAGGACUGAGACACUCCCCCGUUGGAGAAGACCAUAAGAAAACUGAUAUGAACUACACUAAUAUCCGCUCCAUGGUGGAGUUUUCAAUCGCAAUGAUGAACAAGCUGGAAAAAAUCAACCAGCACUCUUUUAACAACUUCAAGCUCCGGAUCGGAGUAAAUCACGGCCCAGUGAUCGCGGGCGUCAUUGGAGCCCACAAACCUCAGUACGAUAUCUGGGGGAACUCUGUGAAUGUUGCCAGUAGGAUGGAGAGCACAGGGGAGCUGGACAAGAUACAGGUGACAGAGGAGACCUCCCAAAUUGUCCAGAGCUUAGGGUACGAUGUCACACUCCGAGGGAAGGUCAACGUGAAGGGCAAAGGAGAACUUACCACCUACUACGUUAAGACGGAUCAUUCGACUCCUCAAUUCUGAAACCGAUUUAAAGCGAGAGCUGCGAAUGAACCCUCCAUGAGUCAUUCUGGUUUCCACAAUGACAGAAACACAACCAGCGGCUGAGAACUAAAGGAAGAUGCCGCUGUGUGUUCACACCAGACGCUGACUCAACGACGAAAAAAGAGGAUCACGACAACAAAACUCAUUUUUAAAGUAGCUGCCUUUGUCUUCUGGAAGAGACGAUAAAUACAUUCCAUACUGACGGCUAAAAAAAAAAGUACAACAAGCACCUGGAAGGAGAAAGCGUUUAACUAAUGGACCUCUAAAUAGCCAGUCAGGCUUACUCUGUACUGUACCGCAUCAUUCAUAGGUUUUUAAAUUCCAACACAAUGGUAGUUUAAGUUCAUUAGAAACAUAAAUAACCAAAUACUGUGGUAAGAGCUGUUGUAGAAGGGUCCAUGCCUCGCAAAAGAAACCGGACCUUUCUCUAAAAGCAAAAUGCUCGUUCUGCCUAACUAGCGAUCUGAUCUGAUCUGAAUGACUAUUUAACAUGUAUUAAAAUUAUUUUGGAUUUUCACUUCUAGAAAGGGGAAAAAAAGUUUUACCUUAUGUUUUAGAUGUAUCUAAAUGCACUGGAUUGGUAUAGAAAAUGUAAGAAACGGAGCAAAGAGAUGUUUUUCACUCCAACAAUGUUUGUCAUGUCACAGUUGGAAAAAUACAUGUUCCUGAUUACAUAAACCGAUGGAAAAAUGUGAAAAGGGUACCUCCAACAAUUUUGGUUGCUUUUUUGUUUGGUUUAGUUUUUGUUUACUUCAUCCUCGAAUGAGAGGACCCAUAAAAAAGAGUGUCAAAUAAUGGAAUAUGAGCAAAAAUGCAAUUUUAUUGUUUACCUUUUCUGCCUGAAACUGUGGAGGUGAGAUGGAAAAAUUUGAUACUGUUGGUUCAAACCUCCCACAGCCUGAAGGGCUGGGGAUCCCAGGGUAUGACGUCACCGGGGACAUUGCUUGGAUGCAGUGGCUGUGACGGGACGAUGCUUGAAAGGAUGGUUUCAAAUAUGUUUCAAACUAACACGAUUAUUAGUGUAAAAACGCUCUACACGCGUGAAAUGAUGCCAUGAAAACUGAAGGACACGACAUUGCACUUUGACUUGUGUGUGUGUGAACUGUAACCUGUUGUACUGAGGGAAUGCUGAGAACUGUGACGAAAGAAGAGCUUUAUUAUGUUCGCUGUAUGGAAAUAUAUUUUUUCUAUUCUAUUUAUAUAAAGUAAUAAUUAAAAAAACAUCAAUUUA